GCUCGCUCUCGCUUUUCACCUCCAAAGAUCGCAGUUGCGAGUUUACAAGAAAUCAAUUAAGAUCCAGAAGUUCAAAGCGAUCGAAAAUGUCGAGGCUGAAUCGGUUAAUAAGCCAUACGUUGUCCACCAGAGCCCUGAUUCUCACUUCUCAGCAACACGUAUUUCCGCACGAACAGAGGCUGUUGCUUCUUCCUCCUCAACACCUCUAUCAGAAAACCUCCGCUCGCUUCCUCGACAUUUACCAGUUUGGAAAUAAGGAAGCAAUUAAGAAAGAGCGCGCGAGGCUUGCAGAUGAGAUGAGUAGGGGGUAUUUCGCUGACAUUUCAGAGCUCAAGCAACACGGGGGCAAGAUUGCAAUGGCGAAUAAAAUUAUGAUUCCUGCUAUGGCAGCUGUGAAGUUUCCUGACUUACAAGUGAGUUAUUCUAAUGGUAGAACUUUAAAGCUUCCCAUCCGUUCUGAGGGAAACGUGAUUGAUGCCAACAACUCAGCAGUCCCUGUAGCAUCUUUACUGUGUCUUACAUUUCGAGCAAACUCACAGGCGAUGGUUGAUUCUUGGAGCAUGCCAUUUCUUGAAACAUAUCGUGAUUCAAAAAAGGUUCAGCUGUACGAGGUUUCACUUAUAGAUUCCUGGUUCCUAUGUUUGAAACCUAUUAAAUGGCUGCUGCUUCGGAUGAUGAGAAAAUCCAAUGAUGAAGGAAAGGAAGAUGCACUACAAAGGCAAAUUGUCUAUUCAUUUGGUGACCAUUAUUAUUUCAGGAAGGAACUAAAAAUACUGAACCUUCUCACAGGGUAUAUUUUCCUGCUCGACCGAUUUGGUAGGGUAAGGUGGCAGGGUUUUGGUUCAGCAACAAAAGAGGAACUGUCGUCCCUUCUCUUUUGCACUUCACUUCUUUUGGAAGAAAAAUGAGAUCCCCAACAAUACUCCAUCUUUGAUGCUCAAGUUGUAAAGCCCCGAUGCCGGUGGCAGCGGCCGUCGUGAAGUAGCAAAUGGGCAUAACUUUAGGAAAUCCACCUAUGUACCCUAUUUUUAAAAUAAAUUUCAUCAGUGGUUUUGGUGCGGAGUAAUUUUUGCCAAUUUUGUGAUCUUGUCAUCUGCUGUUAUCUUGAUGCUUGUGGUUCAUUUUUAUGAAUAGGAGUAAUAUUGGAGGUCUGGAAUCAGGAAUUUUCUUCUGUUUCUAAAGCAGCUGAAAUAAAUUUAUUUGAAAU